UUAAGCUAAUCUGUAAUCUCCACGUUCGCCAAUCAGCACGUCUGAUUCCACUAGCUAGUUUUUAACGGAUCCGUCCACCUUUUUCUUCCUUGUCCUGUCUGAGCUCUGUAAAGUAACAGACUCUGCUCUCUCGCUCCCCCUCACACUCAUCUCUGCUUCCAUUAACGCCUUGGAGUUUUACACCUCAUAAGAUUCUUCAGGGCCUGUGAUUUGAUUUAGAUUGUCAAGAAUGUCUAUGCCAUAUGAGGAAGUGACUCAGAAUGGGAGUCUGAAGGACUCUGCAAAUGGUAUGGCAGAAUUGGAAGAGUUUGAUUUUUCUACAUUACCAGAUAAGCCAAGGAACUUGAACAUUGAGAGACAGAGCUCCUUUGAUGAGAGGUCAUUGACUUCUCCUAUUCCCCCCUUUGGAUCGGACGUCUUUCAUCGUUUCUCAGACCACUUUGAUGCUGCACUUUCACCCAAAAGGUCUGGCUUCACAACUCCAAGGUCACCCCUAGGGGAGCCACAUCCAAUGGUUUCUGAGGCUUGGGAGAGUCUGAGACAAUCCUUGGUGUAUUUCCGUGGGCAGCCUGUUGGGACAAUUGCUGCAUUGGAUAGCUCUGAUGAGAAGCUUAACUAUGAUCAGGUGUUUGUGAGAGACUUUGUCCCCAGUGCAUUGGCUUUUCUUAUGAAUGGGGAACCAGAAAUUGUAAGAAACUUUAUCUUGAAGACUCUGCGCCUUCAAUCAUGGGAGAAGAAGAUAGAUCGAUUCCAACUGGCAGAGGGUGUAAUGCCUGCUAGUUUUAAAGUACUCCAUGAUCCAGUCAGGAACACAGAGACAUUAAUGGCAGAUUUUGGUGAGACUGCAAUAGGAAGAGUGGCUCCUGUUGAUUCUGGAUUUUGGUGGAUCUUUUUACUUCGAGCAUACACAAAAUCUACUGGUGACUCUUCCUUGGCCGAGAUGCCUGAAUGCCAGAAGGGCAUGCGCCUGAUACUCAGUCUAUGCCUUUCAGAGGGGUUUGACACAUUUCCAACCCUUCUUUGUGCUGAUGGAUGCUCUAUGAUUGAUCGCAGAAUGGGUGUUUAUGGAUACCCAAUAGAAAUUCAAGCACUUUUCUUCAUGGCUUUAAGAUGUGCACUGCUAUUACUCAAGCAAGAUGCAGAAGGGAAAGAAUUCAUGGAACGAAUUGUUAAGCGAUUGCAUGCUUUGAGCUAUCACAUGAGGAGCUACUUCUGGAUUGAUUUAAAGCAACUCAAUGAUAUAUAUCGAUAUAAAACGGAGGAGUACUCUCACACUGCAGUCAACAAGUUCAAUGUCAUACCAGAUUCUCUGCCAGAAUGGAUAUUUGAUUUCAUGCCAAUACACGGUGGCUACUUUAUUGGAAACGUCAGCCCUUCAAACAUGGAUUUUCGUUGGUUUUGCUUGGGAAAUUGCAUUGCAAUUCUGUCGUCCUUAGCAACUCCUGAACAGGCAGCUAAGAUUAUGGACCUUAUUGAAUCACGCUGGGGUGAGCUGGUCGGGGAAAUGCCUCUGAAAGUUUGCUAUCCUGCUAUAGAGGGACACGAGUGGCGUAUUGUAACAGGGUGCGAUCCAAAAAACACCAGAUGGAGCUAUCACAAUGGGGGAUCAUGGCCAGUGCUUUUAUGGCUACUUACAGCAGCGUGCAUCAAGACGGGGAGACCUCAGAUUGCAAGGCGUGCGAUUGAGCUAGCAGAAGCGAAGCUGUCUAAAGAUGGUUGGCCAGAAUACUAUGAUGGAAAGGUUGGUCGGUUUAUUGGGAAGCAGGCUCGUAAAAACCAGACAUGGUCCAUUGCUGGAUACUUGGUGGCAAAGAUGAUGCUUGAAGACCCUUCCCAUUUAGGAAUGGUGGCAAUUGAAGAAGACAAGCAAAUGAAACCUGUGUUGAAAAGAUCACUUUCAUUUUGAUAUAUAUAUAUAUAUAUAUAUAUGUCAGCUAGCUUUGGAUCAAUUAGCUUAAUUAGAUAUUGACAUGUCGUUGGAUAUGGGAAACAAGAAUUUUGUUGCGUGUUACUUACUAUGUUACUGUCUGUCUCAUUUUUUGAUAUCUUAAUCCUUAACAAG